CUCAAGCGACACUCCAUAACCGCCCAACAUGUCGGACAAGUUGACUCGAAAUGUCGUCAAGAGUGCAAGAAGUCUUGUCCCGUCGUCCGUACCGGCAAGCUUUGUAUUGAAGUCACCAACGAGUCCAAGAUCGCUUUCAUCUCCGAGCGUCUCUGUAUCGGUUGCGGUAUCUGCCCCAAGAAAUGUCCCUUCGACGCCAUCAACAUUAUCAACUUGCCCACCAACCUCGAGUCGCAAGUCACCCACCGUUACUCGGCGAACAGCUUCAAGCUCCACAGACUGCCCAUGCCCAGACCUGGUCAGGUCCUGGGUCUUGUUGGUGGUAACGGUACCGGAAAGAGUACUGCCCUGAAGAUUCUGAGCGGCAAGCUGAAGCCCAACCUCGGCCGCUACGACAACCCUCCUGACUGGGAGGAGAUUCUCAAGUACUUCCGUGGCUCCGAGCUGCAAAACUACUUCACAAAGGUUCUCGAGGACAACCUCAAGGCUGUUGUCAAGCCCCAAUAUGUCGACCAGAUCCCCAGAGCCGUCAAGGGCGACAACAGAACCGUUGGCUUCCUCGUCAAGCAGCGUGCCGAGGUCGACGAGGCCAGAGUCGAGGAGAUCAUCAAAACUCUCGAACUCGACGCCAUUCUCGACCGUGACAUCGAUCUCCUCUCCGGUGGUGAGCUGCAACGUUUCGCCAUCGCCAUUGUCUGUGUGCAAAAGGCCGACGUCUACAUGUUCGACGAGCCUUCAUCCUUCUUGGAUGUCAAGCAGCGUCUGGCCGCUGGUCGUAUGAUCCGCAGUCUGCUCGGCCCUACCUCGUACGUCAUUGUCGUCGAGCACGAUUUGUCCAUUCUCGACUACCUGUCCGACUUCAUCUGCUUGCUCUACGGUAAGCCCGCCGUCUAUGGUGUCGUCACCCUGCCUUCCUCGGUCCGUGAAGGUAUCAACAUUUUCCUCGACGGUCACAUUCCUAGCGAGAACUUGCGUUUCAGAGAGGAAUCUCUGCAGUUCCGUAUUGGUGAAGCUGGAGAAGAGUUCCUGGUCGACCAAUCUCGCCAGUAUGGCUACCCUGCCAUGAAUAAGACACAGCCUGCCUCUGGUUUCAAGCUGAAGAUUGAGCCUGGUGAGUUCACCGACUCGGAGAUUCUCGUCAUGAUGGGUGAGAACGGUACCGGAAAGACCACCUUCUGUAGAAUGCUCGCUGGUGCCGAGAAGCCCGACGGCACUAAGAGCGUCCCUCCCAUGAACAUCUCCAUGAAGCCUCAGAAGAUCACCCCCAAGUUCAAGGGUACCGUCCGUCAACUCUUCUUCAAGAAGAUCAAGGCCGCCUUCCUCAACCCUCAGUUCCAGACCGAUGUCUACAAGCCCUUGAAGAUGGACGACUUCAUCGACCAGGAGGUCCAGAACUUGUCUGGUGGUGAAUUGCAGCGUGUUGCCAUCGUCUUGGCCCUCGGUAUUCCUGCCGACAUCUACCUCAUCGAUGAGCCUAGUGCCUACCUCGAUUCCGAGCAGCGUAUCAUUGCUGCCCGUGUUAUCAAGCGUUUCAUCAUGCACUCCAAGAAGACCGCCUUCAUCGUCGAGCACGAUUUCAUCAUGGCCACUUACCUUGCCGACCGUGUCAUUGUCUUCGACGGUAUUCCGUCCGUUGACGCUCGCGCCAACAAGCCCGAGUCUCUCCUGACUGGUUGCAACAAGUUCUUGAAGAACUUGGACGUUACCUUCAGACGUGAUCCCAACUCGUACCGUCCUCGUAUCAACAAGCUCGACUCCCAGCUUGACCAGGAACAGAAGAACGGUGGAAACUACUUCUUCAUGGAAGAAGAGUCUUGA